CAGAGAGAGAGAGAGAGAGAGAGAGAGAGGGAGGGAGGUAGAGGCAGAGAGGAGAGAGGGUACAGGCGGAGGGAGCAGCAGUCCGUCUCCGGUGGUUGUUCUGGUUAAAGCUCCAGCCUCGGGCACACAGCGCUCCUUUACUCAGUCAGCCAAAACCUGAAGGACUAUGAGUAAUAGACUUAUCUCCCAAUUCAAGGUGUUCCAGCUGGGAAGAUAAAACAUUUGUGACCUGUACAUUCCACACCUCCAGAACAAUGAGGACUAUCUUACUGGGCGUUGUGUGUGUCCUCUGUCUUGGCCUGUCCCUGGGUGCUUUGUCUUUGAAUGGACGGAGGAUAAAGACAGUAGAUGGGGAGGGAUCUGAGACAACUGUGAGAGGAGUGAAGCUGCUCAAAAGAGUGAGACGAGGUUGGAUGUGGAAUCAGUUUUUCCUGCAGGAGGAGUAUACAGGCAGCGACUAUCAGUAUAUUGGCAAGCUCCAGUCAGACCAGGACCGUGGCGAUGGCUUGGUCAAGUAUGUUCUGUCUGGUGAGGGGGCUGGCGCCAUCUUUGUAAUUGAUGAGAAUAACGGUGACCUGCAUGCCACUCGCCGCCUGGACCGUGAGGAGAAAGCCUUUUAUGUCCUCAAAGCCACAGUGGUCAACAAACAAACAGGUCAAAAGCUGGAGCCGGAGACAGAGUUCACUGUCAAACUCCACGACAUCAACGACAACGAGCCUCAGUUCAGCAAAGAGGUUUACACAGGCAGCGUACCUGAGAGGUCUGAUAUCGGUACAUCAGUCAUCCAGGUGACAGCUACAGAUGCUGAUGACAGUAUGUAUGGGAAUAGUGCCAAACUGGUCUACAGCAUCAGCCAGGGACACCCAUACUUCUCUGUGGACCCAAACACAGGUGUUAUUCGAACUGCGUUGGGCCCCGGCGACAUGGACCGCGAGCAGCGAGAGCACUACCAGGUGGUGAUUGAAGCUAAAGAUAUGGCUGGACAGAGAGGAGGGCUCACCGGAACCACCGUGGUCAACAUUACCCUCACUGAUGUCAAUGACAACCCUCCUCGCUUCACUCAGAGUAUUUACCAGUUCAGAGUUCCCGAAUCAUCCAAGUCUGGUACUCCAGUUGGGAGAAUUAAAGCCACUGACAGAGACAUUGGGACGAAUGCCGAGAUGUAUUUCACAAUUGUCAGUGGAGACGGCAUGGACAUGUUCGAUAUCUCCACCAACAAAGACACCCAGGAGGGAGUCAUCACUGUCACCAAGCCUUUGGAUUAUGAGAAGAAGCCCUCUUACACAGUAGAGAUUCAGGUCCAGAACACCAAAAUGGAUCCCCGCUUCAUGCCUGUAGCCUCAAAAGACAUGGCCACCGUUCGGAUUGCUGUGGAGGACGUGGAUGAGCCGCCGCUGUUUGACAAAGCCAGCUAUCUGAUGGAGGUGAAGGAAGAUGCUGCAGUGGGCGCGGCCGUGGGCUCGGUCAGUGCCAUGGACCCUGAUGGGACCCGCAACAUAGUCAAGUACUCUAUCGACCGUCGUACUGACAUGGACCGCCUGUUCAAUGUCCAUCCAGGGAACGGGUCUGUGUUCCUGCUCAAAAGCCUGGACAGAGAAGAGACUGCCUGGCAUAAUAUUUCAGUCAUCGCCACCGAGAUCCAUAAUUCCCGCCAGCAGAGCAGCCAUGUUCCGGUCUACAUCCGCCUGCUGGACAUCAAUGACAACGCUCCCACCUUCGCCACUGUGUAUGAAACCUUUGUCUGUGAGAGAACUAAGGCUGGUCAGCGGAUUCAGACGGUGAGUGCGGUCGAUGCCGAUGAGCCAUCAGCGGGCCACAAGUUUUUCUUCAGCCUGGCUCCUGAGGGAACCCAUCGCAGCAACUUCACUGUCCGAGACAAUGGAGAUAACACUGCUGGCAUCCUGACACGCCGAGCCAGUUACAGCCGCCUUCACCAAAGCAUCUACCUGGUUCCCGUAGUGAUUACCGACGGCGACUACCCCAUGCAAAGCAGCACUGGCACCCUCACCGUGAGGGUGUGCACGUGCGACCGUGAAGGCAACAUGGAACUGUGUAAUGCAGAGGCUCUGAGCAGCUCUCCUGGUCUCAGUACUGGAGCUCUCAUCGCCAUUCUCCUGUGUGCCAUCAUACUGCUGAUGAUCGUCGUUCUAUUCACAGCGUUGAAACGCCAGAGAAAGCAGGAGCCUCUCAUCAUCUCCAAGGAAGAUGUCCGGGACAACGUGGUGAGCUACAAUGAUGAGGGCGGAGGUGAGGAGGACACCCAGGCUUUUGACAUUGGAGCACUGCGACACCCAGACGCUGCCGCCGCAUUGGAGGAGUCCACCAAACAGAGGCGUGACAUCAUCCCCACUGACACCCUGCUGUACCCGCCGCACCGCCGUCCUGCCCCCGCUCCCUCUGGCCUCAUCAUGCCGCCAGUAGGCAUGGCGUCACGGGAUAAUGGGGACGUUCGUGAGUUCAUCAAUCAGAGAGUGUUAGAGAACGACUGUAACCCAACAGCGCCCCCAUACGAUUCGCUGGCCACCUACGCCUACGAGGGUGCAGGAUCAGUGGCCGAGUCACUUAGCUCGCUGGGCUCAGCGUCGUCUGAGGCUGAACAGGACUACCACUACCUGAGUGACUGGGGGCCAAGAUUUAGGAAACUAGCUGACCUGUAUGGUGCUGAGGACAGUGACUUCUCCUAACAAAAACACCAAAUUACACACUCACUCCCACAUGAGGACAAGGAUAGGAAAGAUUUUGACCACUGCAGGACCAGAUACAGCAGCAUCUAUUUACCACAAACUCAGUAUCAGAGAUUGUGACCGUUGCUGAUGAGCUUUAAGAAAACGUGAGUACAUUUAAAAAUAGAGACAACACACACUCCACAUGAUGAACCAACAGAUGUGCUGGCAGAUGUUAAUUCCAUUUAAUGGGAUAUUUAAAAAUGCUCCCUGAUUCUUGAGCUGCCUUCACUGCACAUGGAUCCAAAAACGCUUAGCAAGUCAUUUUCAGAAGGAGACAAGAAGUCCUAAAUAUCUGAUCUUGGGAACGGAAACUAAUGGAUGUAGAAAUGUAAAUCAACCAGCACAAUUGGAAAGCCCAACAAUCUUCACCCAUCAGUGUAAACCUCUUCAAAGAGUCAUUUCAGGCCUGAAUGGAGUUCUGAAUCAAAUUUGGACUGUAUUUUGUAUUGAGAAUUGGACUUUAAACACUUUCAGGCUUUGCUUUAAUCUCUCCUUGGUUACCAAAUAACCAUUUUGCAGAGUGUUUCUUGUGGCUUUUGACAGAAUGGGGGAAAGUAUUCUGAACCAGAUGAGUCAACAAAACACCACUUACCUCUGCAGAUAUGAAGUGAAGAGUGUGGGGAAGAACACCUUUGUUUUUUGUUUGUUUUGACUAAGUGCCCUUCUGCUGCCCUUCGAGCUUAACUGUGAACGCCUGUAGGUUGGCUGACAUCGGAGAGGGCGAAUGACUCUUACAUGAUUGCUUGUUGUUUUUUUUUUUUUUUGCUGUCUUGUACAAACGGACCAUUCCAGAGGACCUGUUGAUAAGGAUCCGUGCUUGAAUCUCGCCUUCUUCGGGACACAGAGUAAAAAGAGGAUAACUCACAUGACUAAAUGCACUGAUUUCUUUAUGUUUAUGCAGGUUUUUAGAUUAUUUUAGCUGUUUUUUUUGUGCUGCUCACACAAAGAAUAUAUAUGUUCACAGCAUCAUUUCUAGAUUUUUAGCGCUUGAUUAAGUGUAUAUUGUGUCUGAAAUGUGGUUGAACUGAGUUUUAUUGGACAUAUGCUGAGUUCUAUAAAUCUCUCAUUUUACUGUCUUUUUUUCUCUAAUAUACAACUUAAGAUAUCACAGACAGUUGUUGAACAGUGUUGAAGUAUUUUCAUUGAGAAUAUUCUUCAUAUUUACAUAAGGGACAAGUGGAAGCCUUGUCAUAACAGUUGAGCUGUCACUUUUUAUUCAUAAAUUCAGACUGAACUUGCUGGAACACGCCCCUCCUUUUUUUUUUUUUUUUUUAAAUAAUAAGUAAUUAAAACCAAACUUAUCAACAAAAUGAACACUUGAACAUACAUGAGUAUGAUAAAAACUGCCUAAAAUGACAGAAACCAUCUUUGGAGAAAUUUAUUUGACAUGUAGUUUGACUUUUUAGUUUAGCUGAUGUCCCUUUUUGAACGUGUUUUGGCUUUAAUUUUGGGGAGGUAUCAUGUCGUCCAUCUUUAUUUACGCGGCACCAGAAGAGAGGCAACAGUUAGCGACUAGCUGUUGAAAGUAUGAGCAUUUAAGAGCUGAAAAGCAGUGUUGAUUGAGCCAAACUAACUGAAUACUACAUGUGGAGAUUGCUCAUGUAUACAUAAACAUCACUCCAAAGGGAUGCUAAUAUUGCUCCCUCUCUGCUAACACAUUAGCCAUAACAGGUUAAUAAAAAGUUAAUGUUUUGUUAAAUCAAUAGUUCAAUAUUUUGGGAAUUGGGCUUAUUUCUGUUAUUCUUUUACAUAGUUUGAUGUCAAUAUUGAUACCACUCUCAUGUCUGUACUGCAAAUAUGAAGCUAUUGUAACCGCCUAUUAUCUUAGCUUAGCUUCACUUAGCUUAGAGAAGCAGCCAGCUGUGUCCAAAGGUAACAAAAUACAUUUACCUCCAAAGCUCACUGAUUAACACCUUAUAUAUAAUUUUUGAAUACAUGAUCCAAAGGAUAAACUAUCUCAUGUUGAUGCCAAAAAAAAAAACAAUAUAUUCAGGAGCAACACAUGCUAAGCAGAUAAUCAUGACACUAAACCAUCUGAGAAGUGAGGUAUUUUGGAUUCAGCACUAAAUGGGAAAACAGUAACGUUACCUGACAACAAAUGCAAGUCAGGACGCACCGUGGAUGAAUGGAACCACAUCGGUUUUACAACAUAGCACUGGCUCAGGAUUUGGUUUUGUGGUUUUGCAUUCAGAGUAAUUUGAACAAAUUACUUCUUAGGACACAUUUGUUUCAACUUGACCUCUAAAAAGUGACAGCCCUACUUCAUAGAUUGAAUGUCUUUUAUUGACUGGAAACCUCAUUUUCAGCUUAAUAUGUUUUCCUGUUCGUACCUGUUUACUCUGACGUGCUCACAUCGUUUGAAGAUAUGAUCCAAAUGUUUUUGCCCAAAGCAAUCCUGCCACACUUUGUCAGAGAUGAGGAAAAAAAAUAAGAGCUUUUUUUAUUUAGUGGUUUAUUGCUUAGUUUUCUUCAUCCCAUCAUUGUGUUUUAUUCAGACAUGGGCUUUUCUGAUUAAAUGUUGUAAUUAAAUGACACUGGAAAGAAGUGUAUUCACUUUUUGCUUUGACAUCACAGUAAUGAAGCAAAAUAUUGAAAUCACGACAGUCCGCUUCAAUGCUAUGUAAAAAAUAACAUGAGGGAUGAAUGUUUGAAGUCAAAAUCAUUCACUGAUUCAGAUUCUUUGUUCUUCUCAUUUGCUAUCAGGAGUUUGUAUUGUGUAUUUUGGCAGUUUCAGUAAAAGCAGCAGUUUGUUCCAGUUGUGUUUUGUGACUGUGGUCUGCUCUGAAGGCUUAAAACAAAAAUGUCUGCAUAUUUUUCUUUAUAUUGUUACUCAUUCUUUUUGUAUCAAAUAUUUAUAGGACACAUGAUAUUCUUGGAGAGAAAAAAAAAAAUCAAAAUACCGUCCAGCUUCACUGUUUUCUAAUGUAAUUUUGGAGGUGUGAAUCUCGCUGUGGGCAGUCUACCGUUCAUAUACGAUGUGCUAUCAAGUUGUUUAAUUUUAUCAAAAUAAACUUUUACAAUGAAA